UGGCUACCUUACCCUGAGGCCAGAUGGGGGACUUCCCUGCUCAGGUGUGCGGGGAUAUAUAGCCCACCUUACCUGCCUGCUGAUCACUUCAUCACCCACAGUCUCUGGUACACCCACGUGCUUUCUCUCUCUCUCUUUUUCCCUCAGUACAACAGCUAACAUGACAAGCGGAAACAGCGGUGUGUUGGCUGUCCUGAUUAUAAUAGCGUCGAUGAUAGCCUACACAACACAACACCAUUCCCAUUCCAAGAUCUCCGUUGUCUCCUACCGCACUCCAGACGCCAGUGUCUGGGUUAAACAGAGUCACGAAGGCUUAAAAUAUGGCAGAGGAGGAAGUAGGAGACGUACUGAAGGAGUUGGCAGCAAGGGAGGAAGUUACGGUGGGCAGAAAAUACCAUCUUUAAUAUUUGAUGGAAGUGACCUUCAACUUGCCGCGUCACUUCCCAAAUUAGACAGUGUUCUUGUGGGUGGUGGUGUUACUGGUGGGGUGGAAGGUAGUGGCGUCGGAGGUGGAGUACAUAGUGGAGUAAGUAGUGGCGUAAUUGGUGGAGAAAGUAAUGGCGUAGUUAGUGGAGUGAAUAGUGACGUAGUUAGUGGAGUGAAUAGUGACGUAGUUAGUGGAGUAAGUAUUGGCGAAGGAGGCAUAGAAAACAUUGCCAUAGGAAAGGACUCAAGUAGAGGCGCGGAGGCUGCAGCAGAAGGUGCAGGGUGUCGGUACUACUGCAGGACACCGACAGCCGCCAUCUACUGCUGCGAGGAGGACACUGACCCAGCCACACGCCCUGAAGUGAAGUCAGGAGGAGUAUGCCCAGCUCCUGAGACACAAUGCUCACCUGAUCCACAACCCAUCCCCUGUAGCAAUGACUCCCGCUGCCCUGGCGAAGAGAAAUGCUGCUUCGAUGUCUGCCACGAGCGUCACAUCUGUGUGCCCUCCACCUUCUUCUAGCAGCAACACUGACAGCGUAUCAGCGAUCACUUUUCGCGGCGAAAAGUUCGCCUCCCUCCUUAGGCAAUCAAUAAUCAUCCAUAUAACAAUAUAAAUUUUUUCUAUUCGUCUUAAAAUCUAUUUAUAUAAAAUAUUAAAAUAUUCGAUUAAAAAUUUCGAGGUGUCUAAUGUUAUACAGUAAUGUUGCCGUAUUUUUAUGAUUAACCCAACAAUCCUAAGUCUAGUAUUAUUGUGUGGCAUUAUUUAUGAUUAAAGCAUUUUUAUAAUAUAAAUGAAGGUGUAUUA